AGUCAAAAGAGAAGGUAUUUUCCAGAUUCGUAUAAAUAGAAACAAACAAGGCCUUGCCUUGGAACUCUCUCUCUCUCUCUCUCUCUCAAACAACUCUCUCUCUCUCUCUCCUCUCCUCUUUCUCUCUGUAAUCAGCCAUGGCCGCUCUGCAAUACCUGGAAUCGCUGCGCAACGCGCAUCCGGAGCUUUCCGAUUGGUACAAUUCGCUAGCAGAUCUGUACGAGAAGAAGCUCUGGCACCAACUCACCCUCAAGCUCGAGCAGUUCGUAGCUCUCGCUGUCUUCCAGGCUGGUGAUGCUUUGAUACAGUUAUAUCAUAAUUUCAUCACUGACUUUGAGACUAAAAUCAACCUUCUCAAGCUCGCACACUUUGCAGUUAUCGUUUCUCGACAGUAUUCAGAGAAAGAUGCAGCCAUUAGUUAUCUUGAUGGGGUGAUUGAGAAGCUUAGAGCCACUAGAGAGCAGCGCAUAGAGGAGCCAAUCCUUUAUAUUAAGAUGCAAAUAGCCAUAUUCAAACUUGAGCAAGGUGACCAAAAAGAGUGCAAGAAACUUCUAGAAGAUGGAAAAACUACACUUGAUAGCAUGACAGAUAUUGAUCCAUCUGUAUAUGCUAACUUUUAUUGGGUAUCAUCACAAUACCAUAAAUUUCGACAAGAAUUCGCUGAGUUCUACAAAAGUGCUCUUCUUUAUUUGGCAUACACCUCAGUGGAGUCUCUUUCUGAUUCAUUUAAGCUGGAUUUGGCUUUUGACUUAUCUCUCUCUGCACUUCUGGGGGAUAACAUCUACAACUUUGGAGAGCUUCUUGCCCAUCCUAUAAUUAAGUCUCUUCUGGGAACGAAGGUUGAGUGGCUCUACUAUAUACUACAAGCAUUCAACUCUGGUGAUUUAGUUCGCUAUCAAGAAUUAUGUCGUGUGCACAAUUCUGCUCUUAGGGCUCAACCAGCACUGGUUGAAAAUGAGAAGAAGCUGUUGGAAAAGAUCAAUAUUCUAUGCUUGAUGGAAAUUAUCUUCAGCCGAUCAUCUGAAGAUAGAACUAUACCAUUGAGUAUCAUUGCAGAGCGUACUAAACUUUCUAUUGAGGAUGUGGAGCAUCUUCUUAUGAAGAGCCUUUCUGUUCAUCUGAUUGAGGGCAUAAUCGAUCAAGUUGAGGGGACGGUACAUGUUUCCUGGGUGCAGCCUAGAGUUUUGGGAAUACCACAGAUCAAAUCCUUGCGAGAUCGGCUGGACAAUUGGUUGGGUAAAGUGCAUACUGCCUUGUUAUCCAUUGAGGCAGAAACACCCGAUCUGGUUGCAUCAUGAGUUCUUUUCUGUUCUGUUUCUUAUUUUGUUUUUCUGCCCAUUGUAACAUUUUCUUGAGGAAAAAAGAAAGGGGGUAAAAAGACAAGGGCAGCCGGAAAAGAAACCCAUCUCAUUCGCUUGGGCACUUGGGCCAACUUUGUAUGCUGCUGUUUUUUCAUAUUUCCCGCUUUUUAUUGAAUCAUUUUUAUGAAAGGAGCAGCCUCUUGUACUCCACUUUGGAGUAGUCAAAUUCUAUAUGGUGGCAUGCCUACUAGGACAUGAUGAUGAUGAAUUAAAAUUAAAAAGACAUCUGUUUUUAUUACUCUUUUAGCGUGGUUAUUGAAGUAUGUAUUCGGAAUUUUUUCUCAAAUAGUUAAACAGUUAUGUGAUCCACUUUUUUUAUUUA